AUGGCAUCCGCGGAAAAAGCCAGCGAGAAAGCCGACGAGCAAGUAAAGCACACGGCGGCCGACAAGGAGGAAGAAGACUCGGACUUUGAAGAUCUGGAUGACGUACUAGACGAUUUCAAUAAACCGAAGCAAGCCACUUCCGAAACCAUAGCCGUUGCUGAUUCCUCAAAGCCUACCGCCACCCACACCCCAGAUACCCCGCAAGCAGCUACAUUAGACACAAAUGGGAUUGACGAAGAGUUUAUGAAGCAGUUAGAAGCAGACAUGAUGGCCAAUUUACUGGGCGGUGGCGACAGUAGCGGUAAAGGAAAGGCAUCGGACAUACCCAAUGCGGGGGGAGAUUUGCCGGUUGAUAUGGAGAAAGAGUUUGAAGCUCUCUCAAAGGAGUUCCAGGAUCAAGGGCUCUCGAUGGAGAGUCUUUUCAAAUCUCUCAUUGAUUCGGCAGGUGAUGCGGAGAAAAAAGAAGGUACCGGCAGUUCUACUGUAGGCACCGAGCAAGCCACUGCUGCAGCAGGCGGGGAAGGAGACACAUUCCAAGAUACUAUCCAAAAGACGCUUAAGCGAAUGCAAGAGUCCGGCGACAAGGCCACGGCUACAGCGGCAGCAUCCGGCAUGGAAUCAGAUGAUCAAUCGGCCGAAAUGUUAGAAAAUCUCAUGAAAUUACUCAACUCCGAAUCCGACCCCAACCAACUCGAAACCAUGCUCAAUUCUAUCGUCCACGAUAUCUCCAACAAGGAAAUGCUAUACGAGCCUAUGAAGGACUAUAAUGAAAAGUAUGGACCCUGGCUGAAGGAGAAUAAAGGCAAAGUGCCACCGGAGGACUUUGCGCGAUACGAGAACCAGGCUCGCAUAGUGAGGGAGAUUAUGGAGAAGUUUGAUGAGGAAGGUUAUUCGGAUAAGGACCCGGAAUGUCUUGCAUAUAUUUGGGAUCAUAUGCAGCAGAUGGAAGCCGCUGGCGCUAUUCCCGAGGGGAUAGUCCCCAAGCCUGCGUUUGCCGAUGAACCCGAUGCAAAGAUGCCGCCCGAAUGCGCGCAACAAUAA